UUACUACAUGCUUACAUAUUUUGAUUUAGUAAGAAGAAAACGGCUUGCAAUGUUGGAUUUUCUAAUAGCGGCAUCUCGCGAAGGUCUUAUGACUGAUUUAGAUGUCAGGGAGGAAGUAGACGUUUUCAUGUUUGGGGGUCAUGACACUACAGCGAUGGGUCUGUGCUUCAUUUUUGCACUAUUAGCUGAGCAUAAGGACAUUCAGGUAUUUAUCGUCAAGUGUGAAUCACCAUUCCUAAGCCAGAAAAUCAAUUAAUUCCAAAAGUUAUUUAUUAAACAUGUAUCAAUGUCUAACUUUUUAAAUAUUCUUUUACUACUGCUUUAGACGAGAAUAUUAGCGCGACGAUAUCGCCCGUCUGACGCUUUGGACGAUCGAGUUAACUCGUUUGUUAAGAAAACUAUUCAGACUCUCAAAAGUCAAGCUGUAAGCAUUUUAAUGUUGUCCUUUGUGUUUGUUCCGUAAUUUCUGUCGCAAUCGCGGUCAAUACCGUACGGUGACGCCAUCCGUCAGGCUGAGUUUCCACUGAGCGCGUCACGCGUCGCGUCGUCCGAGUUGAACCAAUCAAAACAUCCCAUUUCGAUCCCGUCACAAGAAUGUAAUGAAAUGGGAUGUUUUGAUUGGUUAACUUGUGACGACGCGACGCGUGACGCGCUCAGUGGAAACUCAGCCUAAGACGCCCUUAGAACGAGGGCCACGAGGGGAUUUCGCGCCGCUCCCCGCGACAACCCGAACCGCGAAGUUUUCCCGACGAGUAUCGAUCCGUCAUGCCGUGAUCGCAUGAUCACGAAAACACGGCUGAUUGGUCGAUGCCCGUCGUGGGCCCAAAAGCUCCCGAAACGCGAGAGCUCCGGGAUCAGUAGUCUCAAGUACUCCGGAACACAAGGUAGAACACCGCCGUGUAUCCGUUCUAGUUUCCGUUUCACGCGGUCUCAUUAUUCCGUCGUGCAUACGGCUCGCGUGCUCGUUAUAAGCACCGCUGAUCGUCUCGCGCAGUUCGUGCGUCCUCAGCAAUCCACCCUCGCUACAGCGAGCGGUGAAACAUCGCGUAUAAGUCGCACCCCGCCUCGCCAUUAUACGACUCGAGCUUCUCGAUUCGUCACCUGUGAACGUUUUGUGUCUUGUGUCACAAACAAGUGCGACAGCAAUUGAACGCCAUAGGAGCGUUUGGCAAGUGCACAUCAAAGUGCGCUUUCAUUGCCAAAGCCGCCGUGAUCGGCCGCAUACGGUCAUAUUCCGCGACUACUGCGUCGAGCGGUCACCGAAUCACGUGUGCGCACCGUGACGCGCUCACAUAAGAGCGCGCACACCCGAACUGUAUAUAGAUUGUGCAUUAAAUAAAGACUUUUGUGCCUCGUUAAAACAAGUGUCCGUUUUCGUAUCGCACAUCGGAUCCCUGUCGGAGUCGACCCGACAUCAAGUGGCGAACCGGAGUUACGCCCGAAGUACAAUUCGCCAACAGUAACAGUGUUGUUUUAUGCUUUCAAAUUUAUCACACAGAAAAACAAUUCAUAUAUGUAGAUUAGUAUUUUUUCUUUAUGCAUUUUUUCCUUUUACUUCUCCUCUUACCUCAAAUGUUAAUAUAAAAUAAAAUAUUAGUUGCUGUUGAUUAAACAAUCUUGAUUUUUGGUCAUAUUUAUAGGCAAAUUAUGAAGAUUUGCUUGACAAACUUGCGACCCAAGUUAACUCCAAAGCAUCUGAUGGGCAAUAUUGUCGCGCAAGUAUUCUCGUCUAAAUUAGUUAAAAGGUACACGUAUAAUAAAAUAUGCAUACACAUAUAAGUGGGAUCAUGCAUAAACGCGCGCGUAUGCGCAAGCAUACGCACACGCAUGCCUGCAUGACACGUUCUCUCAUAUAUUUCAAAAAAUAAAUAGAUAUUCUUCUAAAUGUAUUUUAUAUACAGGGCAUUUUAUGUUUUACAAGCUGUUAUCUCUGAAAGUAUUGGUUUAUUGGUAAAUCGUUUCAGAUAAAAAUUGGAGGGUUUAAAGAGAUAAUAGACGAUUUUAUUAGAUUUUGGGUCCAGGGUUUGUAUUGGUUCAGCAAAGCCCAAGUUAAAUUUUUUAAAUAAA